UAUAUAUAGAUAUAAAUGUUUGCAAGAGUUGCGUUGUACAUGAAGCAUAAUAAGGCAUAUCUUAAUAAGAUGGAUAUGACCAAUGAUGAACGACGGAUAGAGCUACUCAACUCUCAAGCUCACAUAUGGAACCACAUAUUCAACUUCAUAAACUCUAUGUCACUAAAAUGUGCAAUUCAACUAGGCAUACCAGACAUAAUCUACAAACAUGGCCGAGCCAUGCCUCUCUCGGAGCUCGUCGCAGCUCUUCCAAUCAACCAUUCCAAAGCCCAGUGUGUCUACCGCCUCAUGCGCAUCCUCGUGCAUUCCGGCUUCUUUACUGAGGAGAAGCUCUCCGAAAAUGCGAAGGAAGAACAAGACGGCUAUUUGCUCACACCGGCCUCUCGGCUCCUACUGAAAGAUGAGCCAUUGAGCGCCACCCCAUUUUUGUUGGCCAUGUUAGAUCCAAUCUUGACAAAGCCAUGGCAUCAUGUGAGUGAAUGGUUCCAAAAUGGCGAUCCCACGCCGUUUGGCACAGCUCAUGGAAGGACGAUUUGGGAAUAUGGGCAACAUGAACCAAGGCUGAACCAUUUCUUCAAUGAAGCAAUGGCUAGUGAUGCCCGGUUAGUCGCAAAGGUGCUUGUUAAGGACUGUAAGGGGGUUUUUGAGGGCUUGCACUCGUUGGUUGAUGUUGGAGGUGGCACGGGCACAGUGGCAAAGGCCAUUGCUGAUGCUUUCCCAAACUUGAAGUGCACUGUGUUGGAUCUCCCACAUGUGGUUUCCGGCUUGCAAGGGACUGACAAGUUGAACUAUGUUGGGGGUGAUAUGUUUGAGGCUAUUCCUUCUGCAGAUGCAGUUUUACUAAAGUGGAUAUUGCAUGAUUGGAGCGAUGAGGAGUGCAUAAAAAUACUGAAGAGAUGUAAAGAAGCAAUUGGAAGCAACAAAGAGAAAGGAGGAAAGCUGAUUAUCAUAGACAUGAAAGUUGAGAACCAGAAAGCAGGAGAUCAUGACGAGUCAAUGGAAACACAACUCCUCUUGGACAUGCUUAUGAUGAUUUUGUACACAGGCAGGGAGAGAACUGAGCAAGAAUGGGCCAAGCUCUUCUUCGAUGCCGGUUUUAGUGACUAUAAAAUCACUCCCAUUCUGGGUUUGAGGUCUCUCAUUGAGGUUUAUCCUUAGAACAAUUCAAUUCAAACUUGUCAUGGUUUAUUAUGCUUUGCUUAGCAACAUGAGUCUCUCCUUUUGUUUUGUUUAUAUGGUUCGCAUCGCAUGUGUUUGUGCGGUGUUGAUCGUGCCAGUCACCUUAUCAUCCUAGUAUGGUGUUGUGCUACAAUCGUGUGCUUCUAUAAUAAAAUUUAGAGAAUGAAUGUAUAUUUAUCUGUUUGAAAAAUGCUAUAUCUCAAUGAAUUUUUGUGACUAUUUUGUA